AUGUUGGCAGGGCGGAUUUAUUCAGCAGCUGUCCUGGUUGGGAUGGUGAUAGGUCGUGGGGAUGAGGAUAAUCCCCUGACGUGGGAGCAACUAUAAACCCCACCCCAGCCUGGCAAAGCUGCCCUCCUCCUCUAGCCACGGCUCCGGCUCCAGGGCGGCAGCCGGCACCAUGCAGAAUGCCCUGGGGCCCGCCUGCAUCUUCCUGCGCAAGGGCAUCGCCGAGAAGCAUGGGCACCGGGAGCUGGGAGCAGAUGAAAUUGAAGAGCUGCGCGAGGCCUUCACGGAGUUCGACAAGGACAAGGACGGGCUGAUCGGCUGCAAGGAUCUGAGCACCCUGAUGCGCUCCAUGGGCUACAUGCCCACCGAGAUGGAGCUCAUCGAGCUCUCCCAGCAGAUCAACAUGAACCUGGGGGGUCGGGUGGAUUUCGAAGACUUUGUGGAGCUGAUGACACCCAAGCUGCUGGCUGAGACAGCCGGGAUGAUCGGGCUGCAGGAGAUGAGGGACGCCUUCAAGGAGUUUGACACCAACGGGGACGGGGAGAUCACGCUGGACGAGCUGCAGCUGGCCAUGCAGCGUCUCAUGGGCGAGCGGCUCACCCCGCGCGAGAUCAGCGACGUGGUCAAGGAGGCCGACAUCAACGGCGACGGGACCGUCGACUUCGAGGAGUUUGUGAAGAUGAUGUCACGCUGAGGGGGUUGAGCCACCCCGAGAUCAGAGACUGACCUUGGAGGGGGGGGGGUCAAGCCCGGACUGGCUGUCGAGACAUCACCACGAGUGA